AUGUCGAAGGUAGUACGGAGCGUCAAGAAUGUCACGAAGGGCUACUCAACCAUCCAAGUGAAAGUCCGGAACGCUACUAGCAAUGACCCAUGGGGUCCGACCGGUACUGAGAUGAGUGAGAUAGCUCAGAUGACAUUCAACGGCUCCAACGACUUUUAUGAGAUCAUGGACAUGCUGGACAAAAGGAUGAAUGAUAAGGGAAAGAACUGGCGACAUGUGCUCAAAUCGCUCAAAGUACUGGACUACUGUCUACAUGAAGGAUCAGAGCUUGUCGUUACUUGGGCGCGAAAGAACGUCUAUAUUGUGAAGACUCUGCGGGAAUUUCAAUACAUUGAUGACGAUGGCAGAGAUGUUGGACAGAAUGGUGAGUGA